CGCAGCUGAUGCGGCGAUACGGUGCACUACUGCAACCUGUCGCUGUCGCUGUCGCGGCGCGCGAGUGGAUGGUUAGGGUUAGGUCAGUCGUUUAGUUUCGACGACAAAAUUGCAGGGACUAGCGAUAUGAAUCGGCCACUAGUCUGGGCGACCCAGCAGCCUUAUGGAGGAGAAACAAUUUUUGGUAAAAUCAUACGAAGGGAAUCACCGGCGCGAAUUCUUUAUGAGGAUCAGCAGUGCAUUGCGUUUCACGACAUUGCACCUCAGGCACCUGUCCAUUUUUUAGUCGUUCCAAAGAAGCCUAUCCCAUCCCUUUCUGCUACAGAGGAUGCCGAUGAUAUGCUCUUAGGUCAUAUGAUGAUUAUUGCUAGACGCCUUGCCAGACAACAAGGCCUUUCUCAAGGGUAUAGAAUUGUUAUCAAUAAUGGCCCUCAGGCUUGUCAAACAGUUUAUCAUCUUCAUCUUCAUGUUGUGGGAGGACGACAACUUAAGUGGCCCCCAUGCUAACUUAUUAAUACAAUUAAUUCAAUCUUGACACACAAUUUUUUUGUUCUUUUAUCCCUGAGGAUUUUCUAUAAUGUCAAAAUGAUUUAAAGCCCUAUUGACCAAUGUGAUUUACACAGAAUUAAAUGAAUUUUAAUUGACAUGAAAAUUAACUUCCUAUCAACUGUUCCAAGUGUACUGUUUUGUACGUAUUAUUUUCUGUUUUUGGAAGAGAUAAAUAUAUGUCUGUUCUAUUCCCAAGAAAAA